GAAUUUUUGUUUGAUUUCAAUGCAUUUCUUCUGUAAAUCUCCUUGAUUAGCAGAGAAAAAGAACUGUAUUUGUUUCAAUUUCAGAUUCAGAAAAAGAGGAAAAACCCUAGCUAAAUUUUGUGCGAGCAAGUGAAAAAUAUGAAUCAGUAUCAUAUAUAUGAAGCUAUUGGCCGUGGAAAACACUCGACUGUAUAUAAAGGAAGAAAGAAGAAGACAAUCGAGUAUUUUGCGAUUAAAAGUGUGGAUAAAUCUCAGAAAAACAAGGUUCUUCAUGAAGUCAGAAUUCUUCAUUCUCUAGAUCAUGCAAAUGUGUUGAAGUUCUACUCCUGGUAUGAAACAUCUGCACAUCUGUGGUUGGUUUUAGAAUAUUGUGUUGGAGGAAAUCUCAUGAGCUUGCUUCAGCAGGAUGGUAAGCUUCCCGAAGAUUCAAUUCAUGAUCUUGCUUGUGGCCUUGUUAGAGCUCUUCUAUACUUACAUUCAAAGGGAAUAAUUUACUGUGACUUAAAGCCAUCAAACAUCCUAUUGGAUGAAAAUGGAAUCACGAAGCUGUGUGAUUUUGGAUUAGCAAGAAAAUUGAGUGAUUUAUCAAAGACACCUUCCUCCCAGUUACCACAAAUAAAGCGAGGAACCCCAUAUUACAUGGCUCCAGAGCUUUUCCAGGAUGGAGGGGUCCAUUCCUAUGCCUCUGAUUUCUGGGCUCUUGGUUGCGUCUUGUUUGAAUGCUAUGCUGGGAUACCUCCUUUUGUUGGCAAGGAAUUUACCCAGUUAGUGAGAUCAGUCAUUUCUGAUCCAACUCCAGCACUUCCUGGCACCCCAAGCCGCCCCUUGGUCAAUCUGAUUAACUCUCUUCUAAUAAAAGAUCCUUCUGAAAGAAUGCAGUGGGCCGAGCUUGCAGGACAUGCUUUCUGGAAAACAAGAUUUGCUCCAGUGCCUUUACCUCCUCAGCCUGCUUUUGAUAAUAUGAUAGAAAUGUCUUCUAAACAAUGCCUUUCAGAAAGGAACAGUGAAAAGCCUAUACAAAACAAGACCCCACAAAAGACUCGUGAAAAAGAUUCAAAGGUGUCCCUCAAGCAUGAUGAAAAUUCAAAUACUGGAUCCAGAGGUUACGUGACACCAAUUAAAGGAAUAUCCAGUGGCCGGAAAGCUCAAAUGAAGGGUUCUGGCAGGACAACUGAUGACAAGCAGAAAGACACCUCGAGCAAUACUAGAGGUGUCAAUCUAUUACGUCUUUCAAGAAUUGCAAAAUCUAAUUUAAUGAGGGAGAAUGAGAAGGAGAACUACCGCAGGCCAUUGCCUAAUAACUCUGAGAAUGAUGCUGAACUUAAGGUUGAAAAUACUGACAUGGAACUUGACUUUAAUGAGAAUAAUGAGGAUGAUACACAAGAUGAACCUGAUGAAACUGACAGCACUCAGAGUCCUGAGUCAACUACUUCAACUCCAAAUCUGACAGAGGGUAAUGUGGAAGAGAUGGAUAUUGAUAGCAGACAUCCAGAUACACCAGCGGUGGUUAAUACGCCUUGCUCAGAUUAUUCAAGGACAUCUGACCAUGAACAGUCUUCUAAAUAUGAAGUGGCUGCUAUGCUACCUAACGAUAGCCCUCAGCUAAAGACUCCUGUGAUUAAAGAGAAUUCUGCGAAUGACUCUGAUAUCUCAAAACCAUCUACGAACCUUUCAGAUAUUCUUUGGCAUCCAUCUGAUCUCUCGGUCAGACCUGUAAUGCCUAGCAGAAAAUCAGAUAAAGGUUCAGAUGCAAUUCCUUCACUUUCAUUCGAUGCACCUCAACUGUCUGAUUUUGUCAAAAUGUCAAAGGAGCAAUUAGACUCUUUUAAUAGUAGAAUCAUCAGUAUUGUUAGUGGGAAUACUCCCUCAGGGGAGAAGCAAAAUGUGAUCAGAUACCUUGAGCUUUUGAGCAGCAAUGCUGAUGCAGCCAACAUCUUGACCAAUGGGUCUAUUAUGUUGGUUCUAGUCAAAAUGCUUCGUCACUCCAAGGUUACUCUGUUGCGUGCUCAACUUGCUUCACUUAUUGGUUUGUUGAUUCGUCACUCCACUUUUAUUGGGGAUGAGCUGGCAAAUUCUGGAAUAUUAGGUGCACUAACUGAUGGUCUGAGAGACAGGCAAGAGAAAGUGAGAAGGUUUUCCAUGGCUGCUUUGGGUGAAUUACUAUUUUAUAUAUCUACUCAAAAUGAGCAUGCUCGGGAUAACAAACCAAUGGAAUCUCCAUCUAAGGACAGCCGACCCUCAUCCUGUUGGCAGGUUACAAAUCCAAUAAUUUCAUUGGUUUCAUCACUUUUACGAAACGGAGAGGAUGAUAUUACUCAACUUUAUGCUCUGAGGACAAUUGAAAAUAUCUCCAGUCAAGGAGGGUACUGGUCUGCUCGUUUCACCAGCCAAGAUGUCAUUACUAACCUCUGCUACAUAUUUAGGGCUCCUGGAAAGCAGGAGAGCAUGAGGCUGACAGCAGGGUCUUGCUUGGCUCGUCUUGUUCGUUUUAGCCCUUCUAGUAUUCAACGAGUCAUGGAAAAACUUUCAUUCAAGGAUAUGGUUUCAAGCCUGGUCAAGCGUAAUCCACGAGAGCAACAAAUCUGCUUAAACGUUCUGAACAUGACCCUCCUUGAAAGUCAUACACUUCCAAGUGUUGGAAGGUACCUUCUUGCCUUGGUCGAAGACAAGAAUCUUGUUCUGAAUCUUGUGACUCUAAUUGAGCAGGGAAGUGAAGUUUUGAAGGGAAAGGCACUCAUAUUUGUGGCUCUACUUUGUAUGAAUGGGAAGAGGUGGCUGCCACUAUUUUUUUGCAAUGCUAAACUGCUCUCAACCGUUGAUAGGUUGGUUAAGGAGAAGGAUGACUUUGUGAAGCAGUGUUUAGAUGCACUUGGGAUGGUUGUCGCAUCAACUGUACCAAGUUUGCUUGAGUGUAUAUCUGGGGACAUUCAGCAACUGAAGGGUGGUAAACGCCGUGGGCAGAUAAUUAGUGUCACAAGUCGAAAUUCUUCUAAGAACAGUAUGCAUUUAUUUCCUGUUGUUCUCCAUCUUCUUGGGUGCGCUUCACUGAAAAGAAGGGUUGCUAGUCAUCAGGUUCUGCAACAGUUGGCAAAUCUACUUAAACUGGUGGAGUCUCCUUUCCAGGGUAGAGAUGAUUUUCAGAUAACACUUUUACGUGUUCUUGAGUCUAUAGCAGAGGAGAUGUCUCUGGUUCAAGAAAGUUCUAGUAUUUUUGUUAGCCAGAUUCUACCUAGUUUAUCUGUUGUUUACAAAGGGAAUAAAGAUGGAGAUGCCAGAUUCUUGUGCCUGAAGAUUUUGUUUGAUGUGAUGGUCAUUUUACUGGAUGAAACAUCUGAAAAUGAACAGAAGCCGGAGAAUUUGAAGUCCAUAUCUAAUUCUUACUUCCUCCCUCUCUACCCCUCUUUGAUUGAGGAUGAGGACCCAAUACCUGCGUAUGCUCAGAAACUUCUUGUGAUGCUCAUUGAGUAUAACCAUAUAAAAAUUGCAGACAUUGUCCACAUGAAGAUUAUCUCCCAGUGCUUUGAAUUUCUCCUUGGUGAUUUCUCAACUGCAAAUGUCAACAAUGUACUGCUCUGCUUGGCUCUUACAUCUGCUCCAGAGCUGGAAACCAAAUCUCUCUCCCAACUAAAAGUUGUCAGAAAGAUCGGAAGCCUUUUGGAAUUUGUAUAUGCUAAGGAGAUGGAAGAUUUCAUUGAACCUACGCUUCGUUUGUGUAGGGCUUUCCUUUUACGCUCAGUAGGCAGUGUGAGAGGCUCUAGGUUUGCAAAAGAACCUGUUCGUCUAUUUGAAAAUUCCUCUGAUGGAGCUAGUGCCUUUGAUCAAAAUGAAUGCAUCAGAGAUAUUAUGGACUUUGGUGAAAAUGUUGGGGUCUUAUUAGAACUCACCCAUUUGAAUGAGAUUAAUGUUGCAGAUUUAGCUUCUGAAUGCUUAAUUUUAUUGCUCAAGGCAGCUCCGAGGGAAGCUACCACUGGAUUCCUGACAAAUCUUCCCAAAGUCAGUCUCAUCCUUGAGUCAUGGAGACAAAGCACAUCUCACUUGCUGUUGCAACGGAUUCUGAUUGCACUUGGUUAUUCUUGUAGACAGUACCUGUCACAUGCAAUGAUAUUGUCAAUAAGUUUGCCUGAGAUAUCAAAAAUCGAAGGAAUUGUUUCUCAGGUCAAAAGCUCCACAAUACCAUCUCUCGUUGAUUCUGCUUCUCGUGCAGCAUUGGAGCUUCAGAGACUGCCUCGUUGCAUUUGAGUUU